CAGUCUCCAAAAUCCAAAGCUCCAGCAGUCAUAAAUAAAACCCUCUGCCGGUUAAAAUUUCUGAAUUUCCCUCUCUUCCAUGGAAAUAAACGAAGAAGACUGGGAGCUUGUCAACGACGAUGGUUUCGUCUACAAGCGUCUCAAACGCCCCCGUCUUGAUUCCACCAGCGCAUCGGCUGUUCCGCCUCCGGAUCCUGCAGCUGAAGCGAAAGCACGCACAGAAAGAAAGAAGAAGGUGCUAUUAAAGCUCAAAACCAAGUAUCAGCAAGAGAUCCACCAUUGGGAACAUUUGUCGAACACCUUGAAAGCAUUGCAAGACCGUAUGCAAAAUCAACCAUCGCCCACGGUACUGUCAGAUCAGACGGUCUCCGUUUUGCCGGAAAAUUCGUUAAAUUCUCCUUUCCAGGAUCUUACCGAUACACUCCUUGCUCAGGUUGAAGCUCAGGAAGCCACUAUCCGUGAGGUUUCAAGACUAUGUGAUGUUGCCGAAGCCCUCUGCAAUGCUGAAGAACAACGGUUGAAGCAACCGUUUUUUGAUUUACCAAUCUGGGAUCCAUCACCAGAAGAGCUAGUUACAUCACUAUUGGAAGAAUGAGGUUUCCACCGUAGCUGUAGUCUAACUUUGAGCUAGAAGAAAGGUUUCAGAUUCAUUUACAUAGAAGAAACCCUUGAUCAUAGUGUAAAAAGUGGGUAAACCUCUCUUAACCAAGAAUCAUUUCUGUAAUUUAUUUUUGUUUACCGGUGAUUGAUAGAUUCUGCAAAUGUCCAAUAUAUCAACCAUCCUUGAGCAAAUAUUGGGCUGAUUAGAUGUAAGAAGCUAGGUUAGGACUAUUGGUUGAUCUUGUACAAGCGUUUGAAUGUAUUUGAGAUAUUGUACAAAUGUCGAUUUAGAUAUUGUUUCUGAUGAAUCAAGUUUUGGGG